AUGAACCCGUCUGCCGCAGCAUACAUACCACCGAAAAGCGACGCGAAAGGAGAGCCAAAGUCGUCCUCGGCGGCUGCGGUCGCCAAGCCGCCGUCGAUACAGCUGGCGACUAAACUAAGCGCGGCCGCAGAGCCGUUCGUGCCUGGCGGCCCGAAGCAGAUGCCCGCGACAUCGACGCACGUCGACCCCAAGACGGCCACCGAGGACGGAAAGACGACUGUGUCGCCGCUGACGGAGCGCCCGGCCAGUUCGCUGCCCAACUCUGCCGCUGCUGCGGGUGCUGCAAAGAGGGAGGCAGAUGAGAACGAGGACUCUCAGCUGGACUGGCUGCCGGAGGCGCAGCCGACGGAUUGGUCGGAGAGCAAACUGCCGAAGCUGUUCGGCUGCCACAACACGGCUGCCAAGGCGACCUCGAGCGCCAUCCCGCUGCACGCCUCGUGGGACCUCUACGCCGAUGACCACCAAGGUAGCAGCAAUACGGCGUCUCAUAGCUCCCCCACCAGCACCAUGUCCUUCGAGCCCAUUUUCGUCUCCAACGUCGGCGACGUGGAGAGCUUCUGGCGACUGUGGCGGUACCUGCCGGCGCCUUCGGGGCUUCCGACUGUCUACACGUACUCGUGGUUCCGUAAGGAUAUCAAGCCCGAGUGGGAGCACCCGCGCAACAAGAAGGGUGGCACCAUCAGCAUCGUUGUUUUCGACCGCGACCGCUCCGGCUUGAGCGACAAGCAAGUUCUCGAUGACGUCUUCAUGGCUAUGCUCGUCGGCGCCGUCGGCGAGAGCUUUCAUGAGUGCAGCACGACGUUGAACGGUAUCAUGCUGAAGGUGCGGCCCAACAAACCUGUCACACUGCAGCUCUGGACGGCUCACUCGGAGGUGGGCAAGCUGAAGGCCUUUGCGAAUAGCGUGCGUGACACGCUCAGCAAGAUUAUUGGUGCCAAGGCGAUGCAGAAGCUGGAGUACUACUCCCACCACCAAAAGCAGGCCGCUACGAAUAGCCUUGCCGCCCGCAUGAAGGGCAAGACGAAGAUCUCGCCCGAUCACACCUUCUAG